CCCAACCACAAGUCCACCGCACGGCCCCCAACGAAAACAACUCUAAUCAAGACGGCGACUGCGCCACAUCGCCUUUCCCAAGACACGCCUCACGCACGCACAGCUACCACUGCCAUACUCUACUCUGCCACCCUCCUCAACUCCUCUAUUUUGUUCCCUUCCGCGCCCUUCCUCCGCCAAGCCCAACCAACAAGAAGAGAAGACAACUCGCCCGCGGCUCCCAUCCCGACGCACGCGCGCCGGCCGCCGCCUCGAGGAGCGAACGGGGCACCGCGUCCCGCGCCUCGACCCGAUCCAUGGCCUCCGCCGCGGCGUCGCGCCCCCCGGCCCCGCCGCCGCCGCCGCCCCCGCCCCCGCCCCCGCCGUCCGCCGCCAUGCAGUGGCUCGGCCCGCGCGUCUCCUUCAGCCUCGAGGACGCCGCCGGGUGCGCCGCCGCGGGGGGUGCGGGAACGGGCAAGGCCAGCAACGACUUCGAGUUCCUGCUCGCCGGCUGCUCCCCCGUGUCCACCAUGCUCCCCGCCGACGAGCUCUUCUCCGGGGGCAAGCUCGUGCCGCUCCGCCUCCCGUCUUCGAGUGGUUGUUCGGCAGAGGUGGCGGUGGCCACGCGGCCUCCGCUGGCCCCGGCGGCGACAGCGCAGCAGCAGCAGCAGCCCGAGACGCCGAGGCCGGAGGAGGAGACGAAGGAUGCGGCGGUGGAGGCGGAGCAGGCGGCGGAGGAGCCCAAGGUCCCGGCCAGGAGGUGGAGGGACCUGCUCCGGAUGCGGAAGCAGCAGGCGUCCUCGUCUUCCUCCUCCUCGUCGUCCACGGAGACCAAGCAGCCGCUCCGCCGCCUCCUCCGCCGCGGGCCGAAGCCGCCCGAGCAGGAGCCGUCGCUGAGCCUCCCGCUCCUCCGCGACCCCAACGAGCCCGCGCCGGCACCCGCAUCGGCCCCAACUCCAUCGCCGACCGCGGCGCCUCCCGUCAGCACGUCGCAGCACCAGCUCCCGCCCAAGAUCCGGCUCACGGCGCCGCCCCCGCCUCCUCCGCCUCCCCCCUCCGCCGUGGCCGCCGACAGCCCGCGCCUGAACGCGGCCGGCAAGGUGGUGUUCAACGGGCUGGGCCGCAGCUCCAGCAGCCCGAGCAGCCUGGCGGGCGGGCGGCGCCACCGGUCCGGGUCCGGCGGCAGCGGCAUGGAGCGGUCCUACUCGGCGCACGUGCGCGUGACGCCGGUGCUGAACGUGCCCGUCUGCCGCAAGUCCGUGUCCGUGUUCGGCAUCGACCGGCUCUUCUCCCCGUCGUCCGCGUCCACCGCCGCCGCCGCCCACGCCGCCGCCAAGAAGCAGGGCAAGGUGGCCAAGAAGGAGGCCGCCGCACCACCGCCGCCGCCAUCCUCCUCGCAUUAACGUCCGUGUCCGUCUGUCCUCCUCGGGAGAAUCAUCAUCACCAUCAUCAUGGAACAUACACCACCACCACCACACCGCCAUUGAUGAGCUCGGACGAGCCGUAUUAAUCCUGCUGUUUUUGGAUGACGACGCUUAAUUAGGUAUUUUUGUUCGAAAAUUAAGCUUGAAUCUGACGGAGUACGCCUGAAUCUCUUGCGUGAGGACAAGUAGUACCUUGAAUCUGGGAUGUAAAUACUCCACAUGCGAGGUAGCAGUGAUCCGGCGAGUUCUUCUAUACUUUUUCUAGUGCGUGAGAAAGUACUGAUGGUGGUUGUGAUGAUGAUGAUGAUGAGGUUAUGUUGAAGACAGCGUACGCGUCGUGUUC